GUGAGAGAGAGAGAGGGGAGAUUCAGGAAGGAAUGCGGCAGCGAUGGCUUUGGGCAGGUACGCGAGCGGUCCGUGCUCACACGGAGAAGAGAAGAGCUGCAUUGAGCGCGCUCCGAUUGAUGGCACCCGGGCUGCUAUGGAAACUAAUGAUGUGAGACGAGCACAGGAUCAUGAACGCCACCAGGCAGGUGUCCGAGGGUGAUGCGGAACGCUCGUAUGAGCCGUGGCUUGGCGACCCGACCCAAGCGCUGGUGACUGGGGUCAUGGGACUGCUGCUGCCCCCUGUCCGUCUCUCAGUCCGCCCCGCUGCCUCAGGAGGCCCCAUGGUCCUACGCUCCCUAAGGUUCCAGCCCAGUGCAGAAAACAGCACAGCCGGUGGUGAUUUUCGGUCUUGCGUCUGAGGAUAAUGUCUGAAUCUUCUCUAGACACCAGAAGUUGUGACGUUAUGAAGGUUCUGGAGUGUGACGGGCCGCAACCGGCCGAAUCGCCCGCGACCCCCAACGACCCCCAAUACACACUGCAGAACAAUGGCACUCAUGCCCAGGAGUGUGUGAUAGACCAAAGCUCCUCCCAUCAAACUCAGCUCGGCCAAUCAGCACAGAGUAUUAGACGUUCCAAGUCCAACGGCAAGUUAAAGUUAGUCCGCAGCUUGGCGGUGUGUGAAGAACCUUCUCCGCCCCUGCUCACAGAACUGCCGCAUGAACAGUUCGAAAGUCGUGCAGUAAAAGAGCAGGAAAAGAUUCAUAUUGAGCUAAGCCAGUCUUUCGAAAAAGACGAAACGUCAAUCAAAAAUGAGGACGGCGAGAAAUUCUCAGAGAAGCCGGAAAAAACAGACCGACUGUUAAAGAAGACGCUCUCAAGAGAUCCCAGUCAGGAAUACACAGACUCCACGGGUAUAGACCUUCAUGAGUUUUUGGUCAACACACUGAAGAACAACCCCCGGGACAGAAUGAUGUUGCUGAAGCUGGAGCAAGAUAUUCUCGACUUCAUUAGUAACAUCGACAGUCAGAAGAGGAAGUUUCCCCCGAUGACCUCAUACCACAGGAUGCUCCUGCACAGGGUGGCCGCUUACUUCGGGCUGGACCAUAACGUCGAUCAGACCGGCAAAGCAGUUAUCAUCAACAAAACCUGCAAUACUAGAAUACCAGACCAGAAGUUUUCCGAACACUUUAAAGAUGAUAAAUCGGACGACUUCCAAAAGCGGUACAUCUUAAAGAGAGAUAACUCAAGUCUCGACCAGGAUGAUGGCAGGCUGCGAAUGCGCCUCAAGGAUGAUAGACGGAGUAAAUCGAUCGAGGAGAGAGAGGAGGAGUACCAGCGUGCCAGGGACAGAAUCUUCGCUCAAGAUGGACAAGAACAUUUUCCAUUUGAUAAAAGAAUCCAAGAGGAUGUUACUUAUAUCAACACCCAGCAAAGACGUCAAAUAUUCAGGUUGAGAGACAGCCGCUCGGGAAACAGUCGUCAGAGCAGUUCGGAGACCGAGAUGAAGUAUUCAGACCCCCGGCCGUGGAGCAGCACGGAUUCGGACAGCUCCCACAGGAACCUGAAGCCAUCCAUGACCAAAGCCAACAGCUUCAGCGGUAUCAGCCUGCUGAUUCGAGGAGACAGUACGGCCAGCAGCAAGAGCGCGGGAAAACUGUCCAAAACGAGUUCCGACUCCUCUAGUAGCGUAGGUUCGUCUUCCGGGUCGCUCUCCCGGCCUACUCAGCUGUCUUUACCCGCCCCCGUUCCACCUCAGCCCAGUCGGGGAUUCACAAUGGCCCCCUCAGCCCCUCUUCCAGCACCGCCCAUCGGGGGCAACACAACCACCCCGGCCCCUCAAAGCUCGACUACUAACUCUAACAUUAACGCUAACGCUAGUUUCUACAUCGUUCCUCUGGACACCUCAGCCAUCCCACCAGGCAGUGUGCUCCUCAAUCCACAGACAGGUCAACCAUACAUUAACCCCGAUGGCAGCCCUGUGAUCUACAACCCAGCAAUGACAUCACAACAAGGGCGGGGCCAACAGCCCAUGACUCUGCAUCCUCCCCCACCGCCUCCUCCACUUCCUCCUCAACCUCAGCCACCCAAUCACUUUCUCCCACAGCCGUCUGCGCAGCCAGUGCAGUUCGCUGCAGUCUCUUGUCCUCCCCUCCUGCCUGGUGCUUAUACUCAACAAUAUACCGUGCAACAGGACGGUUUAAGCGCUCAGUUCGGCCAGAUGAAUCUAGUUCGACAGACUUCAAGCGAAGCUCAGGAUCCCCACACGGGCCUUUACCCACAAUCGCUUGUGCUUCAGAACCCCCCGCCCACCGGCUACAUGCUUCAGUCGGCUGGGCAGCCCAUGAACCACCACGCCUAUCCUCCGCCCACACCCGUCAAUCAAUCUGUCCUGCAACCACAUGGAUACAUGCAGCAACCCGUGCAACAGGUAUCGGCGUGUUUCUGCGCUCCGGGACAAUAUUCGCACUCGAACCAACACUACAGAGCAGUGACACCGGUACACUACAGCGCCCCCCAGAGUCAAGCUCUGCCACCACAACAGACAGGUUUCCAGACGGUCAUGCCCGGUCAACCCCCCAGCUACCAAGGCAUGAUGGGAGUCCAACAGGCUCAGAACCAAUCGCUGGUUAGCACCCAAAGUGGGAUGGCCAAUCAGAUUCAGAGUGUGAUGGUGCAGUACCCCGCAAUGCCUCCAUAUCAGGUGUCUGUACAACAGGGAUCUCAAAACGUUUCGCAGGCAGCCUAUCAGCAACAGAUUGUAAUGCAGGGACAGACCAAUCAGACGCCAGCGCCCUCCACCAGCAUGCAAGUGUAUUACAGCAUGCUGCCGCCAACCCACCACUCUACCGUCAGUUCUACGGUUGGCUUUCUUCCCCCGCCUGGUUCAGAUCAGAUGUCAUUUCAGAGAGCGCCCUCUCCCUGUGGCUCUCAGCCAAUCACAGGCCAGCAGUGCACAGGUGUUCCCCCGCCGCCCCCUACUGGUGGAAUGGUGAUGAUGCAAUUGAAUGUUCCUCCCUGCCAGCAUCCAAGAGCUCCUUCUCCAUCUCAUUGGAAACCCAACAGAUACUACAAACACAGCGACCUGCCACCGCAGGACAACACACAGAAUAACCCACAGCAUCUUAUUAGCCCCUCCCCAUCACCAGCUCAGUCACCUGCUCCCACCCAUCUGGCUAACCUGAAGGGUCCUCGUCCUGGCCACGCCCCUUUUCUCAUGCCUCAGUUUUCUCGCCCUUUCGCUCCAGGCCAAGGUGAUGGCAGGUAUCCUCCUCUGAUUGGGCAGCCCCUCCAGUAUAACCCUCCCAUCAGACCCCCACUAAUGCACGGCUCUCAUGUGGUCAACCAUCAUCACAAUCUUUAUCACCAUCAGGGUCAUGUGGGUGGCCGGUACGGCGGCCGUAGUCGAAGACCCGCAAAGAAAUCACUGUCUAUUGACGUGAGCGCAGGAGAAACGGAAACCGGUCGUGUUCUGGAGGUGACGGAUCUUCCGGCUGGCAUCAGUCGACUGGAAGCGGACUCCAUACUCGCAGAACUGAGCAAAGUUGGCGCUUUCAUAAAAUGGCUGCCAGAAACUUCAUCUCCCAACCAAUCAGAGAGCCGCAGCGAGGGGGCGGACGCCACAAACUCUGACCAUACCAAACCGCCCCCUCUCGACCUGGCGUCCACGUACACCAUCCUGGCCACGUUUCCUUCGAAGUACGCGGCGCAGAGCGCGCUUCAUAAACUCAACAGCUCCUUCACCAAAUUCAAACUGCGAACUAGCAAGGGACACAACGAACAACACACCCUCGCCAGAUCCAGCUCGCAAUGAGGCCACACCCCUUUGUCUCCACCACCACCAAUCACCAUCAUUGCCUCAGUCUCACUUCCUGCCAUUGCAGCCACACCUUCUUGAUUCGUCUCGUUUGUUUGUUUGUUUGUUUGUUUUUGCACCACUACGGCUUAAUCCAAACGGGUUUGUUACUUUCGAAUGGGAUUUUCACGCUAGUUUGUUAAAAAAGGAAAAAACUGAAAAAAAAAUAUUCUGGGAAUGUUGUAGUUGAAUUGUUCUCUCACGAAUUGUUAUUUAAACGAAACCAAAAAAGAAGGCAAACGAAACACGGUUGGCUUGUUUUGUUUAUUUUUUCGAAAAUAGAUCAGGAACGCAAGACUAGAAAUGGAGCAUGUUUGGUUAUUAUUUUUUUUAUUUACGAUCAAAAUGUGAAUAGUAGUUUCAAGGUCACACGGCAACAAAACUGUCACAUCUCUGUUUAAAAAUAAAUCAUUGGUUGUUUUUUAAAGAAAUGGAUUGAACGAACAAAUUCCCUAUAAAAGACUUUUUAAAGACGUCAUCUGUUACAAGGGAGCAACACCUUCGACCUGUGCCUUCCAGCAGGGACGACAGCAACGAAAAACAACGUCCGAAAAUAUCGUAAUUUAUACAGUGACCACAUCCAAAUAAGCAAGUGAUUUGUUCUUUGCUCAUUUAUGUCUUUUUUUGUUUGACUCGCCAAAAUAUGUGGACUGGAGAUUUUAACUUAAUUUAAACGUUGAUGGAAGCGGCGCAUUCGCCAAAUGGAAGGUUUUAUCGCUUUCUCUCAUUUCCUGUCUUUGGGACGAUGGACAUCUGGUCCGUUAUGGGUUUUUAAAAUUCUUAUCUCAUUAAAAGUCACUGGAAUUAAAGUUUGCACUGUCACACGUCUUCUUUCUCUCUCUCUCUCUCUUUCUCUCGCUUGAUCUCAUCUUUUAUUUUCGUCGCGAGAUGUGUGGACUACAAAGGCUGUAUAAUGUUUGCUGGUGCAGUUUUUUCUUCUCGGUUUGAAACCAAUAAAUGUUUACACAACUUUU